AUGCAUUCCGCUCGUCCAGUUGUUGAUAUUAUUGCUCAUUCAAGUGCUGAUCAGAUUAUAUCAUGUGGUGCUGAUUUAAUUAUUCGAAUUUGGCGUGUGUUUCCUUACGCUGUUGAAUCACUUUCAGUUGUUCGUUCAAUAUUUUGUGCUUUACCACCAAUUCAUUUAACUAUAGUAAAAAAUUCACUUGCGGUUGCUUUUCGAGAAGAAUCAACAUUGACACAUUCAUUAAUGGUUUAUAAUUUAGAAAAUAAUGAACGAUUUGAUCAUUUACCAGAAAAUGAUCAUUGUGAUAAAAUAUCAGCAAUAUCCGGUUGUUCAAAAUUAAAAUUAAUUGCUACUGGUAGUCUUGAUGGUACAUUAAGAAUAUGGAAUGGAAAAAAUCAAUUAAUCAGAAUGAUUGUUAUUCAUGAUAAUAUUCAUUCGUUACAUUUUUCAAAUGAAUCUGGAGAUUUAAUUCUUGGUAUAAGUGAUCAUCUAUAUAAAAUGCAUCAUUCGUCAUAUUUACCAAAAGCUAUUAUAUUUAAAACAAUAUCAAUGGAAUUUAAACCAAUAAUACCGGAAAUAAAAGAAAGUGAAGAAACCGAUAAUACACAAUUAACUCGUAUGUCAUCAGCAGAUCUUAUUCGUUUAAAAAGAGCUCAUAAAGCUGAAAAAAUGCCAUUAAAUAUUAUUCCUGAAAAUGUCGAUAUUUCAGCAUUUCAUGCAAAAUCAGUUGAACAAAUGAAAUUAAAAACUCAAGAAUUAGAAAAAUUAGAAAAACGUGAUCUAGAAAUUGCUCAAAUUGCCGAAGGAAAAAUUCAUCGAACUAAAAAAUAUAAAAUAUCAUCAAAAGUUCGAAAAGAAGCAUUUAAUGAAUAUAUGAAAAUUUAUUUAAAAGAGCCGAAAAAAGGGUUAUUAGAUGAUGAUAUGUAUAAAUUAACAGAACAAGAAUUAUUUGGUCCACCAAUAACAAAAUCUGAUCCGUAUGUGAUUCAAAAAGAUGAUGAUGGAUUUUUUCCUUCAGUAAAAGAAGCAAACCAAGAUCCUCUAUCCAAACUUUAUGAAGAACGUCAACAAAAACUAUCUGAACUUCAAGAACACUAUCGUGAUCAACCACCAUUUCCUAAUGAUGAUAUUCGUAUUAUCAAACAACAACAAGAUAAAUAUGAACUUAAAAAAUUACUUAGUAGUAAUUUUGAAAAGAUAACAUUACCUAGUGAUCGUCCUCAGUAUGGACCUGGUGCUAUUGUUCCCAAUUCUGUAUUAGCUAAAUUACUUUGGCCAAAUCGACAGCCGAAAAAACAAGAACGAGAAGAAUGGUUACCACCUGUUUUAUCUGAAGAGCAACUACAAGCAUUAGAAAAAACUGCACCAGGUGAUGAAGAAGCUGAAUGGAAAGAAUUAAUAGAAGCAACAAUGAAAAAGAAACUCGCUACUGAUGAAGAGGAUAUGGAUGAUCGUUUAGAAAAACAGAAAAAGAAAACUCAAAGUGAUUUUAUGAAACAAUUAACUGAUCUUGCACAACAAGUUUAUAAUUUUUUUUUCUUUUAUUUAAAUAGGUGGACACGAGCAUUUCGUACACAUAUUGAAGAAAUGCAUGUUCGAUUGAAGAAUGGUGAUGUACAUGCACAAAUAAGUAAUGCAACAUCAAGAGCUUUAACUGGUGAUACAUCAUUAUCAACAAGAGCAGCAGUUAAUGGUAAAAAUUUAACAGUAACAUUAGAUGCAUUACCACGUUUAAUUACAAGCAAUAUAUCAUCAAUGGAAGUAAUCAAUUAUUUUGUUGAAAUAACUCAAGAUCAAAUAAAUGAUCGUAAUCAACCAAGAGAAAAACCUGAUAAUAAUACAAUUCUUGUUUUACCAAAAAUUAAUAAACAAACAGCACUUGUACGAUUGGGUGAAUCACAUACUGAUUUUCAUCGACCAAUUAAACGAAAUCCAAUUUAUCUUCCACAUGAACAUCGAUUUGAACCAGGUGAACUUAGUAUGGGACGAUGUGUUAAUUAUCCAGUGAGAAAACUUUUUCUCGAUCCAUUUCGGCGUCAAAUUUUUACAGAAGAUAUUGAAUAUGAAGAUACUGAACCAUAUUUACUUACUCUUAAACUUGCACCAAAAUAUUUUCUACCAAUUCUUUCACAAGUGGCAAAAACUUAA